AUGACUUUUAUAAAGUUUAUAGGAAAAACUAUUGGUGUUACAGGCUAUGUGUUGCAAUAUGCAUGUUUAACGCACUGUACAUUUGAAUAUGUAGGAGAUUUUGUUAUGUGCUCUGGCCCCUCUAUGGAACCAACUUUAGAAAGUAAUAACAUACUUUUUACAGAGCAUAUAACACCCCGAUUGCAAAGAUUAAAAAGAGGUGACAUAAUAAUAGCAAAGAGUCCUGUGAAUCCGAAACAGAAUAUUUGUAAAAGAAUAAUAGGUUUACCAGGGGAUAAAGUCAGGGGGCACUUUCCUAAACGCAGUCAAAUAGUACCACAUGGUCAUGUGUGGUUAGAGGGGGACAAUUCUAGUAAUUCUGCAGAUUCUAGAGGUUAUGGCCCAGUCCCACAAGGAUUAAUACGAAGUAGGGUUGUAUGUAGAGUUUGGCCAUUAAAUAAAAUGUGUUCAUUAACUGAAUACUAG